CUACCCUACUGACCAAAUAAAUUUACAAAGACACAUCCUUUAUUUUCUUUUAGGGUUUUUUUUUUUGGGUUUGCUUGGAAUUUACAAAGAGAAAGAUCUUAUUAACUGGUUUUGUUUUACCUUUCUUCUUCAAAGUCAGACUUCUUGGGGACCAAAAGUAAAUACAUGGGAAACCAUCAACUUGGAGAUCUACAAAAGGCAGAUACCCCUUUGGAAUCUUGGGAAAGUUGUGGUGCCUGGCAGUUCUCAAUCAGAGAAAGGUAGGCAAUCACCAAUGGAGAAUAGGUAUGGUAUAACAAGGCAGGGCAGUGGAGUUUGGAGGGCCUUGAGAGAUGGAGACUUUGAGGAAGAGGAUGUUUGGGAGGUUCUAAAAGAUAGGAACAGUUCUAGUAACAAAAUGGUUGGUAGAUCCAAGGAAUCCUCUGUUUCUGUUCCAAGACACCUCCCAACUGCUUCAAGAAUGAUCCCAAAAGCUAGCAGUCACAAUUAUGGAAGUGGCAGUAGCUGUAGUAGCAGCAACACCAUCACUCAUGAAGCCAAAAUUGUGCAACAAUCAGCACCUGUCAACAUUCCUGAUUGGUCAGAAGUAUAUGGUCUGAAAUCAAAGAAGGCCCCCAAGAAUGUUUCAUGGCAGAAUGAUGAUGCUGAUGAUGAAGAAGAAGUUGGGGAUGAUGAUGGGGACAGUGAUGAUGAUGAUGAGGAGGAAGACUAUGACUCAAAGGUACCCCCUCAUGAAUUUAUUGCUAGGAGGCUUGCAAAGAGCCAGAUUUCUUCUUUUUCUGUUGUUGAAGGUGCUGGAAGGACCCUCAAAGGGAGGGACCUCAGCAAAGUGAGAAAUGCUGUUUUAACAAAAACUGGUUUCCUUGAAUCAUUGUGAUCAGGUCUCAUCCAAUGCAAUCAAUCAUGAAGGUCUUGCUAUAAUUGUCAUGUCAUGUAUAGGGGUUUCUGUGAUGGUUUUUUUUUUUUUUUGGGUCGGUGAAUGUCUCGUGUAGUUAAUGUUUUAGGGUGUAAGAAAUCCAAUUUUAGUUUGUAGAAUUGCCAUGAAAUUCAUCUUCCCUUUCCUCAUGGGUUUUAAUUGCACAUUUCCAUUUUCCAUGUA